AUGGCCAACAGCAUUAGCUAUCUAACGUCGCGAUCCAACUUUCUUCAAGUCAGCGCAGAGAUUCCUAUAACUAAACAGCGGAACCCCGACAAGUAUGACCCCCCAGAUGUGUUUGAAGCGAACAAGAAAGAGCUGGUAGCGGACUUGAUGGUGAAAGCCAAGCAGAUAGAAUAUCUUAUCAACUCUUUACCAGAGCCAGAACCCGAGGAAGAACAAGCAAAGAGAUUCCAGCAAUUAGAGGAGGACAUGACGCUCGCGAAUGAGCAGUACAUAUUGGCCGUCGGUCGCGCUAAAAAUCUUCACUCCCAGGUUGCAGAAGUCCUGCAGGCUAUGCUCGUAGACGACGAGGCUAAUUUGCUACAAGAUGGACCAUCCAUUCCCGCAAGCGUAUCUACCACACCCUUCGCCCAACAUGCCUCGCCAGCAACAUCGCCUUCCCUUCUUGAAUCUCUUCCUGAUGUCCAUUCCUGCCUCCACUUCGAGAUCGGCAACAGUCGCCUUCGAACAAGAAUCCCGAUGUGGGUAUCCCUCCGGCGAUUCGUCUCGCGUCUUGGAAUUCGGCCUAACGUCAUCACGGAGACGGCUAGUUGGUGCCCAAGCAGAGUCGUCUCGCACCUUCACAGCCUAAUAGGGACAGAAGGUCUUCGUGUUAGCACGCCUGAAAAGAAACGACAGGCUGAGAGGGAGAAGAGAAGAGAAGAGAGAAAGACGACCAAGACGCUUGCUCACGGCUAUCGGACCAGGACGAUGCGCGUCUUCGUCUGUACAUUUGGGUUGUCGACGAUCUUGGUUGAUAGGCAAGGCUUGACUCGCUUUUUUCUUCGACCAGCGGCGGGAAUCUCUUUCAGAAUCUGA